AUGCAAGCUGUUGUAUUCUACUGCUCUACUUUUCAAGGCUGGACUGCCAACAUGGAGCGCAUCAUGCAAACCCUGGCACUUCGGGACAACUCGACCAUGGGCUACAUGAUGGCCAAAAAGCAUCUGGAGAUCAAUCCUGGCUACCCCAUUGUGGAGACCCUGCGGCAGAAGGCAGAAGCAGACAAGAAUGACAAGGCCGUCAAGGACCUGGUGGUGCUGCUGUUCGAAACUACACUGCUCUCUUCCGUAGAAGAGAAUUUGUAUCUUUUCAAAUUCUAUUGUUUGAGUGUGCCACAGUUUAUUUAUCCAUUAACCCACUGA